ACCCCGGCCCGCCUGGUUCCCGCCGGGACGCGGUAAAGCUGAUACUCCCAAGCAUCUCUCUGCAAUGGCCUCAGGGAACGACGGAGUCCCACCAAGGGCCCACGGACGCCGGGGAAGCAAUGGGCGCAGGCUGUCACAAGAGCCUAACUCAGAAGACCAGGUGGUGGAGGAGACAGAGGAGGUAUUUCAGAGCUAUGCCUUCUACCGCUACCAACAGGAGAGAGAGGAGGGAGGGGAGGAAGUGCCCAUGGACCCAGAGAUCGCGGAGCUCCAGCAGGACCUGGGCAGCACUGGGAGCCUGGUGGGAAGGCGCCUGGCCAUCAUCGGUGACGACAUUAAUGAGCGGUACGACGCGGAGUUUCGCAACAUGCUGAAAUCCUUGCAGCCCACCAAGGACAACGCCUAUGAGUACUUCACCAGGAUAGCCUCCAGCUUGUUCGAGAGCGGCAUUAACUGGGGCCGGGUGAUUGCGCUGCUGGGUUUCGGCUACCGCAUGGCCAUCCAUGUCUACCAGCACGGCAUACCGGGUUUCCUCCGCCGGAUCGCCCGCUACGUCGCAGAGUUCAUGCUCCGGAACCGUAUCGCCCAGUGGAUCGCCCAGCAAGGAGGAUGGGUGGCUGCACUCGAUCUGGACAAUGUUUACAUGAAGUACAUGCUGCUGGUGGUGGCCCUGGUCAUGGUGGGGCAUUUAGUGGUACGACGCUUCUUCAGGCCCUAAUUGAUGUGGGGGCAGAGGC